AUGCGAGUCUUGGAUAAGGGCCCGCCCCUUAGGGACAAGGCAAGAGAGGAACAAAAAAAUCGGAGAGGAGAGGCGAGGUUUCGUUUCUGGGUUUGGUUCUGCUGCUACGAACUUCGUGAGAUUGAUACAUGAUCAGUUUAUGACCAUAUGGGGAUCAAUUGAAUAAGCCUGUAAGUCUAUCAUACGAAGAACAACUGAACAGGUCCCGUGAUUCAUGAUUUACUAAUAUAAUUCUCAUGUUCAUUGAACUUUUUAUUAAUUUGGUAAACUGCAAAAUGAGUUCAAAAGAAUCGUGUCACCACUGAAGUACCAGACGAGGUGUGUUACUGCCUUCCCUGAUCAGCAAGGAUUUUUUGAUCCGAUUCUCUUGGUUCAAUUGAAGUGCGAGUUGGUGUUCAUCAUCUGGAUGAUUCUCAGCAGAACAAGAACUUCGCAUUCAAAUGUCACAGAGAUGGGAAUGAGAUCUAUUCUAUCAAUGCUCUGAACUUCCACCCGGAUCCAAACCGACGAGCUACUAUGUCUCUCACCAGUUGCUUGCUUCCCUUCCCUCAGUCAUCAACGGCUCCUUUGGCCUCCACGUGUUGUUGCCAUCUCGCCGCCUCUUUUUCUAGCUUUCCGGUAAGCAUAUGUGCUCAUGGAUCCAAAGAUGGUAGGUUUGGUGAAAUCGAGCGUUAAGCUCGGCUGAUUCGCCCUGCACCAGCACGUACCCCGCCUCUUCAAACUGAGACAGCUCAUCCUCAACGCAGUGGUAUUGGCUCUACCAUAGCUGAUGGUAUGACUUGGGGUGCUGGAAACGCAAUUGGACACAGGGUUGUGGAUGCUGUGAUGGGACCAAGAACCAUUAAGCAUGAAACCGUUGUUUCUGAGGCUGCUGCCCCUGCUUCUGCGCCCCAUGUUGCCAACAGCAUGGGCUCUGCUUCUGCUGCGCCCCCUGUUGCCAACAUGGCCUUUGCUUCUUGUAACAGUCAGUCCAAGGCUUUCCAGGAAAUUUGGCGAUGAUGGACAUGGAGUGUUCUCUGAAGUUUCUGACAAGUAUUUGCAUGAUAUUAUUUCUCCUUGGCUCUUAUGCUGCUUACGAGAGUGUUCGUCUUGUUGAUGCUCGAGAAGACAACGAAAAACAUUAUGUGACACUGCAAGUAGAUGCUUCUAACGCCACAGGACGACCCAUUCCUGAAACCCUUUUUGGGAUCUUCUUUGAGGAAAUCAAUCAUGCUGGAGCAGGUGGACUGUGGGCUGAACUUGUUAGCAACAGAGGAUUUGAAGCUGGUGGACAAAUCAUUCCUUCCAGUAUCUGGCCUUGGUCCAUUAUUGGAGAUGAAUCAACCAUAUCUGUAGUUACAGACCGCUCUUCAUGUUUUGAGCGCAACAAAAUUGCACUUAGAAUGGAAGUGCUUUGUAACAGCAGUGGUUGUCCAUCAGAAGGUGUCGGGGUUUAUAACCCGGGUUACUGGGGCAUGAACAUUGAAGAAGGAAAGAAAUACAAAGUGACCCUUUAUGUGCGUUCCACUGGGGACAUCGAUGUGUCUGUGUCUUUGACAAGCUCGAAUGGAUCACUAACUCUUGCAUCAGAGCAGAUUAUAGCUUUGGCUUCUGAGGUUUCAAAAUGGACAAAGAAGGAAGUGCUUUUGGAGGCAAAUGGAACAGAUGAUGGCGCAAGGCUUCAAUUGACAACCACCAAAAAUGGUUCAAUCUGGCUUGAUCAAGUCUCAGCCAUGCCUGUGGAUACUUAUAAGGGACAUGGUUUUAGGAAUGAUCUUUUCCAAAUGAUGGUUGAUCUCAAACCUCGUUUCAUCCGUUUCCCUGGUGGUUGUUAUGUGGAGGGUGAUUCGUUAAGCAACGCAUUCCAGUGGAAAGAAACCGUGGGAGCUUGGGAAGAGAGAGCUGGACACUAUGGUGAUGUUUGGAAGUACUGGACCGAUGAUGGUCUUGGUCACUUUGAGUUCUUUCAACUGGCUGAAGAUCUCGGUGCAGCUCCAAUAUGGGUGUUUAACAGUGGAAUCAGUCAUAAUGAUCAAGUUGAAACCGCAAGUAUCAUGCCGUUUGUUCAAGAAGCGCUAGAUGGUAUUGAGUUUGCUCGUGGUGAUGCUAAUUCAACAUGGGGAUCAGUUCGAGCUGCAAUGGGACAUCCAAAGCCUUUUGACCUUAAAUAUGUUGCGGUCGGGAAUGAAGAUUGUUGGCAGAAAUACACAUACUACAAAGGAAACUACCUUGAGUUCUAUAAUGCUAUCAAGAAAGCAUAUCCAGACAUCAAAAUCAUCUCCAACUGCGAUGGAUCGUCUCAACCACUCGAUCACCCCGCUGAUUACUAUGAUUUUCACGUUUAUAAACUUGCCAAGGAGUUGUUUUCCAUGUCCCAUAAGUUUGACAAAACGUCGCGUGAUGGUCCAAAGGCUUUUGUUAGUGAAUACGCUGUGAACAUAACAGAUGCUAAUACUGGAAACCUUCUAGCUGCUCUUGGUGAAGCAGGUUUCCUCCUUGGUUUGGAAAAGAACAGUGAUGUUGUAGGAAUGGUAAGCUAUGCACCUCUCUUCCUUAACACAAACGACAGAAGGUGGAUUCCAGAUGCAAUAGUGUUCAACUCCUCUCAUUUGUAUGGAACACCAAGCUACUGGCUCCAACAGUUCUUCACAGAGUCAAGUGGAGCAACUCUUCUCAGCUCUACUAUGGAGGGAAACUCUUCUUAUGUUGAAGCAUCUGCCAUAUCCUUCCAAAGCAAUGGCUCUGAUUACAUACAGAUUAAGGCUGUUAACUUUGCAAACGUGACAGUGGAGCUGAAGGUAAAGAUGACUGGAUUGGACUCGAAAGUUUCUGCAAAAAAGAAGAAAGUACUUACAUCUGCCAGUGUGAUGGAUGAGAACUCCUUCUCCAACCCAGAGAUGAUUGCGCCACAAGAAACCAUCCUGGUGAUGCCCGAGGGGAACUUGACGUUUGUUCUCCCUCCCUACUCCUUUUCAUCAUUGGACUUGCUUAAAGAAUCUUAGAUCUGCUGCAUAAAAAGAAAGGCACGUAGCAGAGUGAAUCUAUCUAUGUCCUAAGAGUAUUUAGUGUCACUAGACGUUGUAGACUCUAAGUGAGUGGGUGAAUGAUGAUCGAUGAUGAUUACCUAUUUAGUUGAAUAAAAUUACAGUUUUAGAGGAA